AUGGGGCAGGAAGAGCACAACACCACCACCACCACCAUCAUCAACUUCGCUGCCAUCUACAACCUCCACAGUGGGGACUUCACCUCCUUCCGAAAUUUCUCCUUCCCAUUCAAUUUCAGCUACAGCGAUUACGACUUGCCCCUGGACAGUGAGGAUGAUGUGACCAAAACCCGCACCUUCUUCGCGGCCAAGAUUGUGAUUGGGGUGGCGCUCAUCGGCAUCAUGCUGGUCUGUGGCAUCGGCAACUUCAUCUUCAUCGCUGCCCUGGCCCGCUACAAGAAGCUGCGCAACCUCACCAACCUACUGAUUGCUAACCUGGCCAUCUCAGACUUCAUCGUGGCCAUCGUCUGCUGUCCCUUUGAGAUGGACUACUACGUGGUGCGGCAGCUGUCCUGGGAGCACGGCCAUGUGCUCUGUGCCUCCGUCAAUUACCUACGCACCGUCUCCCUGUACGUCUCUACCAAUGCUCUCCUGGCUAUAGCCGUAGACAGGUAUCUGGCCAUUGUCCACCCACUCAAACCACGUAUGAAUUAUCAAACAGCUACUUUCCUAAUUGCCUUGGUCUGGAUAGUCUCCAUACUCAUUGCGAUACCAUCUGCAUAUUUUGCUACUGAAACUGUAAUAUUCAUAGUAAAAAAUCAGGAGAAAAUUUUUUGUGGCCAGAUUUGGCCAGUUGACCAGCAAAUGUAUUAUAAAUCCUACUUCCUCUUCAUCUUUGGCAUUGAAUUUGUUGGACCCGUAAUCACAAUGACCCUGUGUUAUGCCAGGAUCUCCAGAGAGCUUUGGUUUAAAACUGUCCCAGGGUUCCAGACAGAACAGAUCAGAAAGAGGCUCCGGUGCAGAAGAAAAACAGUCAUGGUACUUAUGUGUAUCCUAACUGCCUAUGUCCUCUGCUGGGCCCCAUUCUAUGGAUUCACAAUCGUCCGUGACUUUUUCCCCACUGUCUUUGUGAAAGAGAAGCAUUACCUUACAGCCUUUUACAUAGUUGAGUGCAUUGCCAUGAGCAACAGCAUGAUCAACACCAUGUGCUUUGUAACUGUAAAGAAUAACACCAUGAAGUAUUUGAAGAAGAUCAUGUUGCUUAGGUGGAGAUCUACAUAUAACGGCAGCAAAUCUAGUGUAGAUUUAGACAUUAAAACUAGUGCAAUGCCUGUCACAGAAGAGGUAGACUGCAUAAAAUUAAAGUAA